UAGGCGGAAGUAUUUGGUAAACGUACACGUGAUCGCUUCGCAUGUUGUGUCAGCCAGGUAGCCAAUAGCUAGCUAUUUAGUAUAGUUACUAUUCCAUGUAGACAUUUGGGAUUGUUAAAACGAAGAUAUGGCUUUUCGAGCUUAUGGUGCGCGUGUCCUUUAUCAAAGGGUGGUUGCUGUGAGGAUAAUGUACAGAGCACUAAGUGCAGAAGUGCAUCCCCAAUCCCAUGCAGACUUCCUAAAAGGUGCUCCCCACAGGAAACACCCAGGGGUGACAAAUCUGAAGACACUGCGCCUGCCAGAUGAACUCCAGAAAGCAGCACAAGCUAUCAUUCAUGGCACAGAAGUGAGUGGGUUGGUUGACAAAGCACGCAGUCUCACCAACUUCCUGUGGAGCAGGAAAAGAGCACCUGAGGAUGUAACACUAAGGGAAAGAGCCAUGGCCCUGGAGAAGAAUCUGUGGGAGAAGACAAAAGAGAAGGGUGGAGAUGUAGAUCUUCAACUGCUGAAGACCCAAAUCACAAAGAAAGUGCUCUCCGAUCUCAGGAAGAUAACAUACCACUGGUCCCCUAUGAGGUAUGAUGAAGAGUUGGGUGUGGUGUACAUGGUUGCUAAGCUGGCAGGUGGCUACGCUGCAGUGAAAAGAGUUCUAAAUGAGAUAAAGAAAAGAGAUCCCUCCUUCUCCCCUCAUUCUCUCCUGGACUUUGGUUCAGGAUUAGGAACAGCUGUCUGGGCAUCACACUCAUUUUGGGGUGAUACGUUGAAGGAGAUGGUGUGUGUUGACAAUUCUGGGGCAAUGAACACUAUAGCAGAUCGCCUUCUCAGAGGCAGCAGCGAAAAAGAUGAGCCUGUCAUCAAACAAGUAUACUUCCGUCAGUUCCUUCCUGUCUCCCCUAAGGUGCAAUUUGAUCUGGUGGUGGGGGCCUUUUCUCUGUCAGAAUUGGCCAGUCAAAAGGAGAGGGAAGAUGCCAUACUCACUUUGUGGAGAAAGACCAGCUCUUAUCUGGUGCUGGUAGAAAAUGGGACCAAAGAGGGCCACCAGAUACUUAUGGAUGCCAGAGACAUACUACUUAAGAAACAAGAAAGAGCAGCCCAUGACCCUAGAAGACCAUCUGUGUUCGCCCCAGUAUGUUAUUAUACAUUAUUAUACAUGAACCACCUUAUAAUACAUUGUCUCAUUCGCCAGUUUAUUUCACCUGUGUUUUUUUGUCUGCUUUGUUUUGAGUGUCCUCAUGAAUCACCUUGUCCCAAGCUGUUCCAACUGCCCUUAGUACCCUGCAACUUCUCUCAAGCCUACAGCCCACUCCCUUUACCUGGGGCUCCAGACCGACUGACCGAGAGGUUCAGCUACCUGGUUCUGUCAAGAACAGACUGGGCAGGUGGAGAGGGGCUGGACUGGGCCAGGCUCACAGCACCAGUGCUGCGCAGGCCGAGACAUGUUCACUGUCAGGUCUGCUGCUCUAGUGGAGAGAUUAAACGGGUUGUGGUGACAGCCCAUCGACAUGGCAGAGACGUGUAUCGCUGUGCCCGGAAUAGUGAUUGGGGAGAUCAACUGCCAAUCAUUCAGCCAGAGGAUGACUCAAGUAAUUUAGACUGACCAGUCAGUGCCAUUAUGAAUUAACGAGAUAGAAACACCCUCCAAGGUCAUUCUUCCUGGUGCUGUGAAAACAACUGUUCCCUUCAUAGACUGAUCAAAAACAGGUUGACAUCAUCAGGCUGAGGAUAACUGGCAUGACAUGAAACACCAACAUUUGAUUCAAGCGCAACUCUCCUUCUAAAAGGGUAUGUGGUGAAGAUUGUUCAGUAUAGAACUGUCAAGGACACGGCAAUAAAAGUGUAUGAUUUGUUAAA